AUGCAGAACCUCUCAGAGAGUUUACUCAAAGCAGUAAGAAAAGCAGCUGAAAUCACUGAACUGAAAUCAAAGCUUCAUACACAUACAAGGAUUCUAAAUGAGAUCAAGGCCUUGUAUACACAGUGGCAGGCUGAGACAGAAGUCAAACAACAAUUGACAUUCACUGUGAAUAAUGUAUUCACUAUGAAGAGCUUUGCUGACGCAAUUAUCAUCAUCAAUAAGAAUAGAGAAAACCAGAUCUUAGGCCUGCAGCAGAAGAUUGAAUGA